GGUCAAAGAUUGCGUCCGGAUGGCCCCCGCUGGGGAUAAAGCGGCCCCGGGGGCAGAGAAGCCGCGCAGAAGCGGGUUGGUCUGUGCUCACCGCUUCUUGCCGCGCCGGAAGGAUGAGGCUCGCCGUGGGCGCCCUGCUGGCCUGCGCCGUCCUGGGGCUAUGUCUGGCUGUCCCUGAGAAAACUGUAAGAUGGUGUGCUGUGUCAGAUCAUGAGGCCAACAAAUGUGUCAGUUUCCGUGACAACAUGAAAAAAGUCCUUCCAGCAGAUGGUCUCCGCGUCGCUUGCGUGAAGAAAACGUCCUACCUGGAUUGCAUCAAAGCCAUUGCGGCAAAUGAAGCAGACGCUGUAACACUGGAUGCGGGUUUGGUGUAUGAGGCAGGCCUGACUCCCAACAACUUGAAGCCUGUGGCAGCAGAAUUCUAUGGGACACAAGAUAACCCACAAACUUUCUAUUAUGCUGUCGCCCUGGUGAAGAAGGGCAGUGGCUUCCAGCUGAACCAGCUCCAAGGCAAGAAGUCCUGCCACACAGGCCUGGGCAGGUCUGCUGGGUGGAACAUCCCCAUAGGCUUUCUUUAUUGUGACUUACCAGAGCCUCGUAAGCCUCUUGAGAAAGCAGUGGCCAGUUUCUUCUCCGGCAGCUGUGUCCCCUGUGCAGAUGGAUCAUCCUUCCCUCAACUGUGUCAGCUGUGUCCAGGGUGUGGCUGCUCCUCUGCUCAACCAUACUUCGGCUACUCAGGCGCCUUCAAGUGUCUGAAGGAAGAUGCUGGGGAGGUGGCCUUUGUCAAGCACUUGACUAUAUUUGAGAACCUGGAACAGAAGGCUGACAGGGACCAGUAUGAGCUGCUCUGCCCAGACAACACCCGGAAGUCUGUGGAUGAAUAUGAGACUUGCUACUUGGCCCGGGUUCCUUCUCAUGCUGUCGUGGCUCGAAGUGUGGGUGGCAAGGAGGAUCUGAUCUGGGAGCUUCUCAGCCAGGCUCAGGAACAUUUUGGCAAAGGUAAAUCAGGUGACUUCCAGCUGUUCAGCUCUCCUCAUGGGAAGAACCUGCUGUUUAAGGACUCUGCCCUGGGAUUCCUGCGGGUACCCCCUAGGAUGGACUUUAGGCUGUACCUGGGCUACAAGUAUGUUACUGCCGUCCGGAAUCUACGGGAAGGCAUAUGCCCUGAAAGCCCAACAGAUGAAUGCAAGACCAUUAAGUGGUGUGCGCUUAGCCAUCACGAGAGGCUCAAGUGCGAUGAGUGGAGUAUUAACAGCGGAGGGCAAAUAGUGUGUGAGUCAGCAGAGACCACCGAAGAAUGCAUUGCCAAGAUCAUGAAUGGAGAAGCUGAUGCCAUGAGCUUGGAUGGAGGACAUGUCUACGUAGCAGGCCAGUGUGGUCUGGUGCCUGUCCUGGCAGAGAACUAUCAAAGCACUGAUUGUAAGACAUCACUGGAGCAAGGGUAUUAUGCUGUGGCAGUGGUAAAGAAAUCAGAUACUGACAUCACCUGGAACACUCUGAAGGGCAAGAAGUCCUGCCACACUGCAGUAGGGAGGACUGCUGGCUGGAACAUUCCCAUGGGCCUGCUCUACAGCAGAAUCAACCACUGCAGAUUUGAUGAAUUUUUCAGUCAAGGCUGUGCCCCUGGGUAUGAGAAAAAUUCCAGUCUUUGCAAGUUGUGCAUUGGUCCACAAGUUUGUGUUCCCAACAACAAAGAGACAUAUUAUGGUUAUACAGGGGCUUUCAGGUGUCUGGUUGAGAAGGGAGAUGUGGCCUUUGUGAAUCACUGGACUGUUGAGCAGAACACUGGUGGAAGGAACCCUGAGGCAUGGGCUAAGAAUCUGAAAGAGAGUGACUUUGAGUUGCUGUGCCCUGAUGGUACCAGGAAGGCUGUGUCUGAAGCUAAGAACUGCCACCUGGCCCGAGCCCCAAAUCAUGCUGUGGUCUCACGGAAAGAUAAGGCAGCGUGUGUCAGCAAGCUGUUACUUGGCCAAGAGGGUGAGUUUGGAGCACAAGUAUCUGACUGCUCGAAGAAGUUCUGUUUGUUUUCAUCUGAAACCAGGGACCUCCUGUUCAGGGAUGACACAAAAUGUUUGGUCAAACUUCCGGAUGAUACCACAUAUGAAAAGUACUUAGGAGCUGAGUAUGUCACGGCUGUUAGGAACGUGAAAAAAUGCUCGACCUCAGAACUCCUGGAAGCCUGUACUUUCCACAAACUUUAAAAUCCAAGAGGUGGGACUGCUCUUCUGAUGAAGAUGGGAGCUCAGGUGACCCAUGGGCUUCCCCUGAUCUCGCUAGCCUGAGGGGCUUGUGUCAACCGUGUCCGUCUUCACAGCUCUGUUGUCACAUGAGUGGGACACAAAAUAAAAGCGAUUGUUGAUUAUA